AGUCAUCAACAGCACUGCCCCAUCAGGGAAGUCAAAGACGGAAAAGGAACUCUUUCAGACCUUUCAAGUGCCCCCUCCUUUCCUUAAAGUCUUUUAUAGGGGACUUCUUCUUGGAGUCUCCAUCCUGUGAGUCAGGUCUGAAAGGGCACAGAUAGGUCACAGCCAGCAUUGUUGGGGCAGGCCUGCAAGCAGCAUCAUUGGGGAUCUGACAUGACGAUGGCCGCCUGCACCCUCUGAGGGCUACAGGACUUACCCCGUUGGGAAGCAGCUAAGCAGGUCUGACCAGCUGACCUGGACCUGGCCAAGGGUCCUGUCAUCCCUCAUGGCCACCCCACCAUUCCGACUGUUAAGGAAGAUGUUUUCCUUCAAGGUGAGUAGAUGGAUGGGGCUUGCCUGCUUCCGGUCCCUGGUGACAUCCUCUCCCAGUAUUCGCCAGAAGAAACUAAUGCACAAGCUGCAGGAGGAAAAGGCUUUUCGUGAAGAGAUGAAAAUUUUUCGUGAGAAAAUAGAGGACUUCAGGGAAGAAAUGUGGACUUUCCGAGGCAAAAUCCGUGCUUUCCGGGGCCAGAUCCUGGGUUUUUGGGAAGAGGAGAGAUCUUUCUGGGAAGAGGAGAAAAGCUUCUGGAAAGAGGAAAAAUCCUUCUGGGAAAUGGAAAAGUCUUUCAGGGAGGAAGAGAAAACUUUUUGGAAAAAGUACCGCAUUUUCUGGAAGGACGAUAAGGCCUUCUGGAAAGAGGACAAUGCCUUAUGGGAAAAAGACCGGAACCUUCUUCAGGAGGACAAGGCCCUGUGGGAGGAAGAAAAGGCCCUGUGGGUAGAGGAAAGAGCCCUCCUUGAGGAGGAGAAAGCCCUGUGGGAGGAUAAAACGUCCCUCUGGGAGGAAGAGAAUGCCCUCUGGGAGGAGGAGAGGGCCUUCUGGGUGGACAGCAAUGGCCACAUUGCCAGGGAGCAGAUGCUCGAAAAUGGGUUCCACAACGCCGACAGAGGGCAGCGCUCGCUGGCCUUCUCCCGAGGCAGGGCAUAACCAGCAUGCAGGUGCAGGGCCCUGUGGUCCAGACUCCCCUGGGUUGGGAUUCAAGUCCAGGGUGAACUCAUGUGCUGGAGAAAAAACACACUCAUUGGUCUCCUUGUUUUGAAAGAUCCAAUAAAGUCCUGAGGCAAGGUUUGGAAAUCCAACUU